UCUCUCUCCAUGCAUUGCUAUCGCAGCUCUGUUUAAUUGCCGUGCGUUGCUGCUUCAUAGCAGCUAGCUAACAGAUUAGCAUGGCUGACCAGGGCCUCUGCAUUGUGUUGUUAUUAGCAUAGCACAGCACUGCAGUAAUAAUAGCUGCAUUAAUAUCAGUAUCCAGUGCUGCUGGUGCACGCGCUCCAUGUCUGCUGCUGGAGAAAGUUCUGGUUCGGACUGACGGACGGGCUAGCACGGUUUGUGCCUAAUGCAUCCAUCCACAUGAGCUCCACAACCAGCAGCAGCAGUAGGUUAACCUAGGUUAGCUAUUUACAUACCAGCUGCAUCAGCCUGCGCCGCACACAAUGCACAAAGAGCCAGAGCCUCGUGAAGUCAGCUCCCCUUAUUGUGCUUUAAGACCCAAAUCUGCUCAAUCACAGCUGCUGCUGCUCACUCUGGAGUCUGGAUUUAGUUCAGAUGGGCUUUACUAGACUGUACCGUACCUCCUUCCUCCUUCAGGCUGUGAUGCAUGGAUGAGAGCGCUGCCCCUGUGUUGAAGACCCCCUUGGUGUCUGUUCCAGUGUAAGAGUCACUCUGCUCUGUGUGGGAGCCUUUACUCGUCACCAUGAGCCUCAUCCAGGACAAACUCGGCAACGAGUUCCUUCGCUCCGGCGGAGGGAUGGACGCUGGAUUCGGCCCAGGCAUGCUCAUGUUCAGCCACCUGCCCCCGGUUACCAGCUUCACCCGCCUGGCCAGCCAGACAGUCAUGGCUGAACUGCAACCACACGAGAUGAUCCUGAAGAAGGAGAGAGACUCGCCAGACUGUGGAGGAGGUGGUGGUGGCGGCGGCGGUGGUGGUGGAGGAGUAGGAGUAGGAGUGGGCUUGGUUGGAGGAGGACUGAUGGGUGGAGCUCCUGGUGGAGGCAUGAUGGGAGGUGUAGGCGACUAUGUGCACGCCAUGGGCAUUAAGCAGGAGAAGGUGUCGGAACAUGACUACAGAUUACCCAUGUACCCGGGGGGUGGGGGCGGAUCAGAUGGGAGGAGUUCUGGAGAGAUGCUGGAGAUGUCACUGGGAAACCAUCAGAACCUGCUGGUACAUGACCUCAGCCUGGGAAACCUGUCGGGGAGGCUGGGAAAAGACUCCUCGGGGAGGAAAGGUCGAAGGUCAAAUGGUGACGGACAGGAGGCCAAGGCGCGGAGGAAACGAGGAGAGUCUAAGUCUAUGAUGCUGGAUCCAGACGGAGGGAGUCUGUCUCCCAGCUCCAAACCGCACAUCUGUGACCACUGUAGCGCAGCCUUCCGCAGCUCCUACCACCUCCGCAGACACGUGCUCAUACACACGGGUGAGAGGCCUUUCAGGUGCAGUCAGUGUAAUAUGAGUUUCAUUCAGAAAUACCUCCUGCAGAGACACGAGAAGAUCCACAGUGGAGAAAAGCCUUUUAGCUGUGACCAGUGCAACAUGCGGUUUAUUCAGAAAUACCACAUGGAGAGACACAAAAGAACUCACAGUGGAGAAAAGCCAUACAAAUGUGACACCUGCCAACAGUAUUUUUCCAGGACGGAUCGGUUGUUGAAGCACAAGCGGACGUGUGGAGAUGUCACAAAGAAGGGUCUAGAUGGUGAAGAGCUGGAGCUGGGCACUGAAAGCGACGUGGGGCACGGCAGCUACGGAAUCACUCAGGGAAACACGGCCACCCCCGGCCGUAAACGGGGCAAGUCCAAAAACCCUGGUGAGGGGGGCAAACGCAAGAGGUCAACGGGGGCCAUGGGGCCUUCACAUAGUCAGGGGACGGAGGGGUACAGUCUGCUUGACUUCAGCACUGUGGAAAACCAUGGAGGGGUUUCUUUAUCGUCUUCAUCAUCGUCGUCAGCAGCGGGAGCAAUCCAGGACCCUGGGCUCAGCAUGCAUGGAGGAGAACAUGGCCGGGCCCCUAAAAUGGCCUUCAAGAAGGGCAAUAGGAAGGGCUUAGAGAAAAACGGGCAUGUUGCAGGUCAGCCCAAGCCUGGAGGCAUGGAGAUGGACAGCUUGGGCCUCCUUCAGGGUCCAGGGGCCAAAGCGGGCCCCACUAGCAGCAGCAGCAACUAUGACGACGCCAUGCAGUUCGUAAAGAAGCGACGGUACUUGCAUGCGGCUAACAAUGGAGUGGGUGGGACGGGGAGUGGCGCGUCUGAGUACGAUGUGGGUGUAACUCACCUUCACCCACAGCCAACGGUCAUUCAAGGUGUCGUUUCUGGGGUGAUGGACGGUGGAGACCCAUCUUUGGCGCUGCUUGACCCCUCCCCUCUGGUGGACAUCAAGCAUGACAAGUCGGGCAUUCCGGAUGAGGUACUGCAGAGCUUGCUAGAACAUUACGCUCACAAGCCUGACAUGACCUUCGACCUGUCUGAUCAUCAUCAUCAUCCUGUCGACCUACAGACAGGACAUGCAGACGGUUCAGAUCCCUUGGGCCAUGAGGGGGACCCUCAUAGUCCUGGUGGUGGAGACAAAACGACCAUCAUGCACGAGUAUUCUCGCUUCCUUUUGCAGGCACUAGAACGGACCAGCCACAGUGGUGGCUUCUCUCUUGGCCCAGGUCCUGGGCCUUCCCCUGGCUCUGCUGGACCUUACUCCAGUCCUGGGACACUCCUUUCGGAUAAGCAUGUGUACACCACUUCGCCUCUGGAGUACUCCUUUGUUCAAACGGUUUCUUCAUCCUCCUCUCCCUCCCUCACCUCCACUGUGCCAAAGUCCCAUUUUGGGCUCUUAGAGGGUUCCUCAUCUCCACAGGCCUUCCACCUGUCCGGUCUGGAGCCUUCAGCCCACUCUCAGUCCCAAUCCCAUCAGCAACAACAACAACAACAACAACAACAACAGCAGCAGCAGCAACAACAGCAGCAGCUUACACCGUCCCAAGAGCUCACAGAGCAGCUGGAGAAACAGCACGUCUCUCCACCUCCACCACCUCACACCCCCAACGCCAGCGCCUAUCAGAUGCAGCCGCCACCCACUGACCUCAGGGCCCAGAAAGAACCACAGGCCCAUGAAAAUGGAGCCACUAUCACCAUCACCACAACCACCACCACUGCAGGAGGUUACUCCCUGGCUGCUACUGCUGCUUCCCAGGACACGUUGGCCAGCCUGGACCCAGCCAAGGGCUCCUACCAGAUCGAGAACUUUGCGCAGGCCUUCGGGGCGCAGUUCAAAGGCGGUCGGCGGCCCCUGGCCUUCGGCACUGAUCACGGGGGCGAGGUGGAGCACCGCAUCCAGACACCGGUCUCCGAAUUCUCAGGGUAUAGCAGCCUCUUGGCUGAUGUGAGUGACUCAGUCAGUGCCGGCCCCCCCAAAACCCCGCCAAGCCAAAGCUACAACUGAAAACAGGCUGCAGAGCUUCUUGACAUGUUUUGAAACUCGUCUUUUAUUUUUUAUCAUUGUUCUCGUUGCUAUUAUUAUUGUUAUUAUUAUUGUUAUUAUUAAUUAUUAUUUUGUUCUAUUUUAUUGUUUUUUUCUUCUCGUAAUUAUCUCACUGCCAUUUAUAUUUACCAUGAACUUUUCAGAGCGGUUGGCCUGCGAGAGGCCAAAGAAAGAUGCAAUUUUUAGUGUUUGUCUCUUUCCUUUUAUUAGUUUUUGUCCUUCCUUUUUCUCUUUUAGUAGUGUUUUAGAGACUGCUCUGCUAAUCAAUAGGACAACUUUUUAAAGCAAAAAUAGAGUAGCAAUUACCUUUCCUCCCCCCUCAAUGGAUUGAUCAUGUUGUAGCAAUCAGCUUCACAAGUGUAUGAUGAUGAUAACCAUGAGAUAGCAAUGGCAGGGAGUAGCCCAGAACUGAACUAGCAAAAAAAAAGGAACAAAAAAAAAAUUAAAAAGAAAACUAAAAAAAAAAAUAAGAUUGUCUGUUACAAGGAUUAAAGUAUUACUCAGGAAAAAAAAGUGUAAAGGAGAAUUUUAUCAGAGGGGCAGCAAGAAUGCAUUGAGCUGGAAAAGAUGGACAAUUUGCAAAUACCAAGAAUCUUUUUUUGUUUGUUUGUUAAUUAUUUUGUUUGUUAAUUAUUUCGGGGGUGAUAUCUUAUUUUUGUAUUACUCUGUGAAUGAUCGAUCGCAAAGCAUAAGAUAAAACAAAAACUGCUGCCUGCUCUACUACACUGACAACACUUUCCACUUAGCUAUAUAGAGAUUAUGGUACUUUUAUCUCAAUGUGAAAUGCUCACAUUUCUCUUUCAAUAAGGGCCAUAUAUAUUUAUAAGAAUAUCUAUAUGUAAGAUACCGUAUGUAACUUUUUGCCGGGGACUGGGAGGUGAAGUGAGGUCGAGAGAGGGGGGAAAGGGAGGUGAAAGGACAGCCUCUUAUUUUUCCACUCCAUGGUUCCCUCUGUUUUUGGACUGCAGAGCCAGGGGUUGUCACUAGAGGGCACUGUGUGUAUAUGUGUGUAUAUGAUGAGUGCCUCUUGGAAUUGACCAGCUCAUAGGACUAUUUUUGUGCCUCUUUCAGGCUCUCUCUUUCCUCUCCCCCCUCUUUCUUUUCACCUUCCGUUUGCCCCGCCUCCUUUCUCUCGCAAAUGGCGAGAGUCCAGUCUAGCACUUUUGUCAAAACCUGUUUAUUUUUUUCGCCAAGAAGAAAAGACAAAACCCAUACUGAACAUCAGGACGUCAUCUCUGUAACUGACAUGCUAUUUUUAAAAGAGUCGAUGGGGAUUGGUGGAUGGGGGAGGGGAAAUGGGGUGGUUGCAGGUGCAGGUAAUCUAGAGUUAUGGGGUGGUUGAGGGGUGGGGGUAGCUUUAGUAAGGGUGGGCGAGUGUUUGUUUUAUAGGAAUAUUAAGAGGUCUUACAUUUGGAUGGCAUGGUUUAGUUCACUCAGUGAAUGGGAGGGUGGGUUUAUUUCGCCUGUGUGCGUGUUUGGGGGAAGUUUGUAUUUUAUUUUUUUAUUUUUAACUUCUCCUGGUUGUAUGUAGGACAGGUUAGAACGGGGGAGGGGUGGGAGGGAUUUUUUUUUUGUAAGUAUUGAAUCUAAGGAAACUGUGUUGAGUCUCGAGAAAUGCUGCCCCCUUUGUUGGCGUAACUGUUAGCUCUGUUUAUUUAUUUUUUUAUUUUACCUUUUUUUUUUAAUAAAUAUAUAUUACUGACAGUACGUGAAAAAUGUGCCACUCUUGGAAAUGCUGAAAUUACUGUGGGAUUCACUAGUGAAGCGAUCCAAAAAAAAAAGAAGAGAAAGAAAGCAGUACAAACAUUUCGCAGUGAAGAAAGCGUCUUUUGUGUGCAUGCAGGGGUGAAGUAUUACCUUCAACUAUGUUUUUUUAAGUCAUAAUGUUUUGUACUGUAUAAGUUAUAGAAGUAUUAUGAAUUGUUUUACUUUCUUCAAUCAAUAACUGCAUUGUCUUCCGCCACUGCUGUUGGCUGCUGUCACUCUGUCCUUAAAUUACCAUCAUUUUAUCAUCUUUUCGCGUGAAAAUGAAGGUCCCAAAACAGGUUUCUUGGAGAGAAGACAUGGACAAUUGUGUGUAUCUCCUAAUCCGAUUCUCUGAAGUUAAUUUGUGAAAACUGAGCUGUUACUUGGCUCAACAUUGGUUGGUGUAGUGGAUAACCACACUGCCCUCCUCACUAGAUUUGAGGAGUGAGUCCUUAUUAAAGACUCUUAACUAUAAAUUGGCCUACCUGUGGAACAUAGUAUGAUACGGAUGGAUAAAAAUCUUGUUUAUAUUCUGAUAAAAAUAAAAGAACCACCUUUUGAUUACUCCUCAAAUUAGUCCUAAGAACCUCCAAGACAGUCCUCAUUUUCAUAUUGCCAGUUGCUUUUGAAUAAAAUUGUGAACUUUCUCAGCAGUGAGGACCAUUUUGAAAAAGUUUCACUGUGAAGUAUUACUGUAUUUUUUGUAGAACCAUGCAUCAAAGCCAAGAACCACUGAGGAACCUUUAUUUUUACGUGUCCUUCUUUUGUCUUUUGUUUUGAUUCCUAUUGCACCCCAGUACUGGCCCUGAUGCACCUACUGAUCUUGCAUAGGGAUGGGAUGACUACAGACAGAUCAUAGGGAACAAAAACUGACCACUUUGUUUUGUAGCGGACUUGGUCACUCAUAGGGCUUGGGUACUCUGUCAACAAUAAUAAUAAUGAUGGUAAACAAUGAUGACACAGAUCGUUGAUCACUUGAAUAUGAAUCCUCAUAGCUGACCUCUUCAUACCUCAUAUCGCUGACGAGACACGAGCAGGGAUACGGGACAGAGUGAGGCGUGUAUGUAGCAGGGACUGUGUGGCUUUCUUACAGAAGAUCCUCAAAUGUUUUUUUUUUAUUUUUAUUAUUCGGUUGUUUUAUAUUUUGGUCCAGAUCUUGAAUCUUCUGUUUUAUGGGGUUUUUUUUGAAGAUGGCUUUCUAGAAAGUAUCCUCACUAGCAUUAAACUAGCUCUGAAUUAAAAAGGAUUACUCCAACCUGUUUUUACUUGAUUUACACAAACAUAAACCACAAUCUUAAAUUUUACUCAUCCUUUAUUGAUUACCACAGAUGGUUAUUUAUUUCUAUGGCAGAACCUAAAUAACUGUUACAAAGUAGUUCUAUUUUGUUUACUCUUUUUUGAAACCGUAUCCUGUUCAUUUCUUACAACAUGCUAAAAUCCAUAUCACUUUAAUUUGCACAGACAAUGAUUAGAAUUCAUUGAGUGUGACAGUUGGUAAUACUCUCUCUGGGUGAGUAGAUGGCGCCCUCUCCUCACCCCUUCUGAAUUGGAAUUGCCUAUGUGUUGGGAUUAGGGCUGGACUAAUGAUUAUUUUGGUAAAUUUAUUAUUUUUUGCAAUUAGUCAACAAUUAUUUAUGCCAUGCCCUCCAUCUCUCCUUCUUAAAGGUGCACAGGUCCUAUUUCCAGCUACCUCAAUCACUUCAAAAGGAUAAAAACAGCUGAACUAUAUGGCAAUGCCUGAAAUAUGUAGAAUAUUCAAAUAUUUCAUGGAUAAUUAUGUAGUUUGUUGCUUUGUUUGUGCACUUUAAGUGACCCAGACCGAGCCGAGCGUAAAUUGAGUGAGUGAGCAGCCAAUAUCCCUCUCCCACUGUGCUCUUGUUUCGCAGCACUUUGUGUUCACUAAAAUUUGGAGGCGUUUUUUUUUUUUUAAGCAAGGUUUAUAAUAGAUAUUGUGGAUUAUGUGUACUAAUAAUAGCAGCCCAAGUCUUGGGCAUUACAAGUUAUAGAGGAGGUUUAUUGGCUUAGUUGGGUAGGUUCAUUGGCUCAAACUGGAUAAAUAUAAAUAACUAAAUUACAGAAGAAGGAAAAACCCCUUUAACCUUUAGUGGUAGCUGAUUUAAAAGUAUUGUCAUUUUGAAGCAGUUCUGUCCGUUCUUUGACAUUUCUGAGACAGUGUCAAGAAGAACUUGGCAAAAACACAAACACUAAAACAUUUAUCAUCUGUUUUUUAAUAAAACAUUAUAGUACUAUGAUUUGUUACGUGUUUCAGUUAUAUUUUUAAGCAAGCAAAACUGGUAUGUUAUAAAAUCUGUGGUGAUCUACUGUGUGCUAAAAACGAAGCAAAGUAGCAUAAAAGGAUUCCUUUUAGACUUAAAUUAACCUUCCUUCUCUCCCUUAAACUACAUUUAGUAGUAAAUCAACUUCAACACUCAUCACUGUGAUCAUGUUCUUUUGCUUAAUAAUGUCUGAAUAACACUCCUGUAAAUUUAGAUCCACAGAGAUUUUUUUCUUGCUGUAAAACAGCAACAGUUGUAGAGAGAUCACAUCUAGCACUGCUAAUAUGGCUAGCUAGUCAUUUAAUAACAAAAUAUCAGCAUUUAUUUAAAAAAUAUUCUCUGAUAAGCAUUAAAAAGAAUCAAACAUGACUUUAGUGAUCACUGCUGAGUAGCACUGUAGGUCGUGCCUGACAGAAAGAUGCUCAAGUGUAAGCUCCAAGGGUUUACAUUGUUGUUUAUCAGCUAGCUACUGAGGCUAACCCAUUAGCUCAUUUUGGAUGCUAACUAUUGCUAACUGAAUUAGCAAAACUACAAGGCUCUAAACUGAGCAUUUAUAAGAAACUGUUUUAUGGUUAAUAAACAUCUCAACAGCAACUAACAAAAUUAGAGUUAAAAUGACAGAAAAUGGUAAAACAACAAAGUAGCAUUUAGCAAAGAUAAGCCAAUUAUCUGUGGUGAUUUUCUGUGUGCCAAAAAUACAGCAAAGUAGGAUUGUGCUGAAAAACCGUGUAUUCUUUUUUUUCUUGAAUGCUAACGAGUGCUAGCUGAAUUAGCAAGUGUACAGGCCCUAAUUAGAACACCUAGAGCAUUUAUAAGAAACUGUUUUUGGGUUAAUAAACAUGUGCUUUGUUUUAAUGCUUGCAUUCUCAGUCCAAAUUAGUGUUUUAAAUGAUAGCAAAUGGUAAAAACGACACAGUAGCAUUUAGCAAACAUUGGCCAGCAGGCUGCUUGAUGGUUGCUUCUUUAGGGUUGGAAACAGAAAUACAAUACAAUAAUAAAAAAGUUAAUUACAUGUUAUUUUCCGUUUCUGCCCAUUUGUUGUCAACUAUGUCCAGUCAAUUAAUUUAAAAUUUAAAUAGGUGAUUAUGCUAUAUGCAGCGCUAUGUUUCUUAUUAGCAGUUUAGCUAAUAAACGGUCAGGCCAUAAUUGUGGAGGAUAGGUGGUUUUAACGUUUUAAACACUUUUAUUGUAAACUAAUGAUUUUAUUUUUAUUCAUUAAAGUCAAAGUCUUGAACCACAAAUAGUUUCUUAAAUUUAAUGUUAAGUGCUUACAGACUUUUAUACUUGCACUAAAUUUUAGCUCUAAAAUGGAAAAGAGCAGCUUUGAGUGUCAUUAUUAAUACUUCUUUUCUAGAAAGUCAUCUUCAGACUAGUAAACCCCCAAAGUACCAUCAUGAUUACACAUGCAUUUGUAUUGUUACUGUUGUGCAAAAACCUUGUAUCUCAGCUUUAGCUGUUUUUGACUUUUUGACAAAAUAUGAAUCUGCCAGUUGUUUAUUUAAAUUGUCUAGUUUUGUUAUUGUAGUUGUAAAUGCCCCAAAAUGACUCAAAAUAGUCUUUUGACGUUGCAGUGUAUUGAAAUUUAUAAAUGCUUUUUCCUUCUUGUAAAUUUGCCAUUUUCUGAAGAGAAGGAAAAACAUUUUUACAUUAACUUUCGUUGGAAGUUAUUACCUCCUUCAAAUAGAUUUGUAACUUUUUUUAUUGAUUGAUUCAUUAUGAAUUAAUUCGAAUUGCAUCAAAAAGUCAUCACAUGCAAAAGUUGAAGUACAAGUUUUUUUGUGUGGCUAAAUUAUUAAUGAAAUAAUGUAUUUUUAUUGUUUACAAUGUUCAACAACACUAAGUUUCUCUCUCCCUUGUUGGAUUAGCUUUUUUCCUUUCCCCCCCCCCCCACUAUUUUCUGCCCCCUUUAUUUGUCACCACACCAAAUUUGUAGCUGAUGUUCUUUUUUCUUUUCACUUGUAUUAUUAUUAUUAAUUAUUAUUAUUAUUUUAUUACAGAUUCUCGUGAUCUGACUGACAGGGCUGUACCUGUCCAUUUGAAUUUAUUAUUGAUUAGGACAAACAAUAAAAAAUGCUGUUAUUAAA